AUGAGCCAAGGAAAACUUGACGCCUUACGUCAUGAUAAAGCCACCAAUAAAGACUUUAACAACAUCAAAAAAGUCAUAAAGGUUAGUGAUGAACAAGAAUUGAGAGUCAAAGGUAAAAAAUUCAUCACUGAUGACUUCAAGACCAACGAAGAAGUCAAAGAACAAGGUGAUGCUAAAGAAGUCGACGACAAAAGUCACAAUAAAACCACCAAUAAUGACUUCAAGACCAACGAAGAAGUCAAAGAACAUGGUGAAGCCAGCAAAUUCGACGACAAAAGACACAAUAAAACCAUCAAUGAUGACUUAAAUAUCAACGAAGAAGUCAAAGAACAUGGUGAUGCUAAAGAAGUCGACGACAAAAGUCACAAUAAAACCACCAAUAAUGACUUCAAGACCAACGACGAAGUCAAAGAACACGGUGAUGCUAAAGAAGUCGACGACAAAAGUCACAAUAAAACCACCAAUAAUGACUUCAAGACCAACGACGAAGUCAAAGAACAUGGUGAUGCUAAAGAAGUCGACGACAAAAGUCACAAUAAAACCACCAAUAAUGACUUCAAGACCAACGACGAAGUCAAAGAACAUGGUGAUGCUAAAGAAGUCGACGACAAAAGUCACAAUAAAACCACCAAUAAUGACUUUAAGAUCAACGACGAAGUCAAAGAACACGGUGAUGCUAAAGAAGUCGACGACAAAAGUCACAAUAAAACCACCAAUAAUGACUUCAAGACCAACGAAGAAGUCAAAGAACAAGGUGAUGCUAAAGAAGUCGACGACAAAAGUCACAAUAAAACCACCAAUAAUGACUUCAAGACAGACGAAGUCAAAGAACAUGGUGAUGCUAAAGAAGUCGACGACAAAAGUCACAAUAAAACCACCAAUAAUGACUUCAACAUCAACGAAGAAGUCAAAGAACAUGGUGAUGCUAAAGAAGUCGACGACAAAAGUCACAAUAAAACCACCAAUAAUGACUUUAAGAUCAACGACGAAGUCAAAGAACACGGUGAUGCUAAAGAAGUCGACGACAAAAGUCACAAUAAAACCACCAAUAAUGACUUCAAGACCAACGAAGAAGUCAAAGAACAAGGUGAUGCUAAAGAAGUCGACGACAAAAGUCACAAUAAAACCAACAAUAAUGACUUCAAGACCAACGACGAAGUCAAAGAACAUGGUGAUGCUAAAGAAGUCGACGACAAAAGUCACAAUAAAACCACUAAUAAUGACUUUAAGAUCAACGACGAAGUCAAAGAACAUGGUGAUGCUAAAGAAGUCGACGACAAAAGUCACAAUAAAACCACCAAUAAUGACUUUAAGAUCAACGACGAAGUCAAACAACAUGGUGAUGCAUUUUCCCGUAAACGUCGAGAAAUAACUACCACUGACAACUUUAACAAGAAAGAAGUCAAGGAUCUUCGUAAUGCAGAAGAAUUUGACGAUAGACAUGGCGAUAAAUCCACCAUUAACAAUUACAAGAAAAAAGAAUUCAAAGAUUUUGGCAAUGCAAAACAAUUUGACAACAAACAACAAGAUCAAUCCACCAUUGACAACUUCAACAAGAAAGAAAUCAAAGAUGUUGGUGACACAGGAAAACGUGAAGAUGAACGUCGCGAUGAAACCACCAAUAAUGACUUCAAGACCAACAAAGAAGUCAAGCAACAAGGAGAUGACGUUGCCCGCAAACGUUGGGAAAUAACUAACAAUGACAACUUUAACAAGAAAAAGGACAAAGAUCUUGGUGAUGAAGAAGAAUUUGACGAUAAACGUAGCGAUCAAUCUACCAUUGACAACAACAUGAAAAAAGAAGUCAAAGAUCUUAGUGAUGCUGAAGAAAUUGACGAUACACGUCGUGAUCAAUCCACCAUCGACAACUCCGGCAAGAAAGAAGCCAAAGAUCUUGGUGAUGCGAAAAACUUUCCACACAAAAAAGUCAACGAUUAUAAAGAACUGGACGAAAAACAUCUUCAAAAAAGAAGUGUUGAUGACAUUGAAAUCGAAGAAAAAAUUGAUGAUGGUGAUGAUGAUGGUCAAGUUGAUAAUACGAAUGGUGAUGGUGAUGAUAACGAAAAAGUUGAUGAUGAUGAUGAUGUUAAUGAUGACAACUUCAACAAGAAAGAAAUCAAAGAUUUUGGUGAUGCAAAACAAUUCGACCACAAACAACAAGAUCAAUCCACCACUGACAACUUCAACAAGAAAGAAAUCAAAGAUGUUGGUGACACAGGAAAACGUGAAGAUGAACGUCGCGAUAAAACCACUAAUAAUGACUUCAAGACCAACAAAGUAGUCAAGCAACAUGGUGAUGACGUUACCCGAAAACGUUGGGAAAUAACUAACAAUGAUAACUUCAACAAAAAAGAAGUCAAAAGUCUUGGUGAUGCUGAAGAAUUUGACAGUAAACAACAAGAUCAAUCCACCAUUGCCAGAAAAGUCAACGAUUAUAAAGAACUGGACAAAAAACAUCUUCAAAAAAGAAGUGUUGACGACAUUGAAUUAAAAGAAAAAAUUGAUGAUGGUGAUGAUGAUGGACAAGGUGAUGAUGAUACGAAUGGUGAUGGUAGUAGUGAUGAUAAUGAUAAAAAAGACGAUGGUGAUGUUGAUGACAGUGAUGACGAUGACGAUGAUGACAACUUCAACAACAAAGAAGUUAAACAACAUGGUGAUGCAGUUGCCCGCAAACGUCGGCAAAUAACUAUCAUUGAAAACUUCAACAAGAAAAAAGUCAAAGACCUUGGUGAUGCUGAAGAAAUUGACGAUAAACGUCAUGACCAAUCCUCCAUUGACGACCUCAACAAGACAGAAAUCAAAGAUUUUGGUGAUGCAAAAGAAUUUGAAAACAAGCAACAAGAUCAAUCCACCAUUGACGACCUCAACAAGAAAGAAAUCAAAGAUCUUAGCGAUGAAGAAAAAUUGGACGAUAAACGUCGUGAUCAAUCCACCAUUGACACUUAUAAAGUACUUCGCAAAAAGCACCUUCAACAUAGAAGUAUUGACGACAUUGACAUCAAAGAAGAAAUUGAUGAUGGUGGCGAUGAUGAUCAAGUUGAUGAUAAGAAUGGUGAUGGUGAUGGUGAUGAUAAUGAUGAUGCCAGUCAUGAUGAUAAUGAUGAUGAUAGUCAUGAUGACAGUGAUGAUGAUGACGGUGAUGAUGUUGAUGGCGAUAAUGAGGAUGAUGGUGACGAUAAUGGUGAUGAGGAUGAUGAUGAUGGUUAUGAAAAUGGUGAUGAUGAUGAUGGUGAUGACGAUGGUGAUGAUAAUGAUAAAGUUGAUGGUGAUGAUGAUGAUGGUGGUGAUAACAAUGAUGGUGAGGAUGAUGAAGUUGAUGAUGAUGUUAGUGAUGAUGAGGAUGAAAAUGAUGUAGAUGAGAGUGAUGAGGAUCAUAAACAUGAGGAUAAGAAUGAUGAGGGUAAUAAGAACGAUGUAGAUGAUAAAGACGAGGAUGAUGAGGAUAGUGGAGAUGAUACUGAUAAUGAAAAAGCUGGUGAUGAACAUGAUGGUUAUGGUGAAGGGGAUGAGGAAAAUAAGGAUGAAGAUGAGGAGGAUAAUGACAAUGACGACGCUGGUGAUGGUAGUGAUGAUGAUGAUGGUAUUAAUGAAGAUGAGGAGGAGGAAGAUAAAGAUGAUGACGAUGAUAGUGAUGAUGAUGGUGGUGGUGAGAAGGAAGAGGGUGAAGUUGAUAACGAUGAUGAUGACAGCGUUAAUAUUAUAAAGAACAAACGUCGUCAAAGAAAGUCAAACAGAAGUCAAACAAAAAAAAUCGAAAAUCGAGGCAAUGCAGUUAACAAGAAAGUUGGUUCUGAUAGGGUCAUUGAUGACUUAAAGAACAAAAAAAAGGUAGAUGAUAGUGAUGCAGAUGAUAAAGAAGGCAAUUUUGACCCAACCACUGAUGACUUGAACGACAUCGACGAACCUGAAGAUUAUCGUAAUCAAAUAAUGAACGAACGUCGUGAUGAUGCAGCCAUUGGCGACCUAGACAACAACGAAGAAGACGAAAAUCGUGGUGUUGAGAGAAACCUUAACGAUACACAGGCUAAAAAUAACAUUAAAAAGAUCCCAGAUUCCGACGAGGAAACGUCAUUGAAUAACUAUCUCGAGAAUAAAAAGGAGAUCAAUAAUGAUGUUCAAGCAGAAAAAAAUGAGGAGAAAAUUCAAAACGCCAACGUGGUUAGCAACUUUAAAAAUGAAAUGACAAAACACGACGAUAAGGGAAAAACGGAAAGUAAAAAUCGUGAUGAAAUUUCCCAACAGAACUUGAUUCGUGACAAAAAAAGCAUAAAAAAUAGCGAUGACCAAAAAAAACAAAGGAGCAAAAAUCGUAAUGAAAUUAUGAAUGAUAAAUUUAGAAGAUAUAUUCGCGAAGUCAAAUCAGAUAAAGACAAAGACGAUAAAUCAGUUGGUCUUCACUCAAAAAAAAAAAUCAACAUUUACCAAGACGACAGCGACAGCAUUAAACGAAGUGAUAUGUUCAACGGCAGCAGUGAAAGCAACGUUAAGAAAAGUGUCAAUAGCAGAGGCAACAGAAACGAAAACCAACAUAGUAACAACGAGAACAGCAGCAACAAACACAAAAUUGAGCUGAAUGGCUAUCGUAAGAACAAGGACAGCGACGAUAGCAAAGGCAACAACAACAAACGUAGAAAAAAGCGCAACACAGACAGUAAUAUUAAUUAUGAAGAAAAACUGAUGAGCCAAAGUCUUCAAGAAAACUUCAGUGAUAAAAAACAUCAUAGUUUACAAAUGAAAAAGGAUGUGAAUUCAGAGAAGGGCUUACUGCAGUACCUAAAUAAUGGAAAAGAAACUACCCGUGGUGACCGUGUCAGACGCUUCAUUGGUAAUUUAAUAUGCUCAUACAGUAUUCCAAGAUAAGAAAUUUUGUUAAUUUUGAAAUGUUUCAUAGUGCACUCUAUAUGUUCUAAAAUUCAUGGGUGAAGGAGAAAUGAGAUGAGAAUAUAGUCCUCAGAUCAGAAAGUGCUCUUCUCGA